CUAUGACAGAGGAUCCACAUUCAACGUGUUUGUGGGAAAAGGUCAACUUAUUGCUGGGAUGGACCAAGCUCUGGUUGGCAUGUGCGUGAACGAGCGGCGCUUCGUGCAGAUCCCCCCCAAUCUCGCCUAUGGAAGCGAAGGUGUCUCUGGUGUGAUACCCCCCAAUGCUGUGCUCCAUUUCGACGUGCUUCUGAUAGAUCUUUGGAACUCGGAGGAUGAAGUGCAGGUUCAGACUUACUUCAAACCUGAGAAGUGUCCUCGGACAGUCCAGGUGUCUGACUUCGUACGAUACCAUUACAAUGGAACAUUCCUUGAUGGGACCCUGUUUGAUUCAAGCCAUAAUCGGAUGCGGACUUACGAUACCUACGUGGGAAUUGGGUGGCUGAUUCCUGGUAUGGACCAGGGUCUCUUGGGAAUGUGUGUAGGAGAGAAGCGCAUAAUCACAAUUCCACCUUUCCUGGCGUAUGGAGAAGAAGGAGAUGGUAAGGAGAUUCCUGGCCAAGCAUCCCUUGUCUUUGAUGUGGUUUUGCUGGACCUCCAUAACCCCAAAGAUGGCAUUGCUAUUGAGAACCAGCAUGUGCCUGAGUCUUGCGAGCGGAGGAGCCAGGCAGGGGAUUUCCUCCGGUACCAUUACAACGGCACACUCUUGGAUGGCACAUUGUUUGAUUCCAGCUAUUCACGGAACCGCACGUAUGACACCUAUGUUGGGCAAGGUUAUGUCAUUGCUGGAAUGGAUGAAGGUUUGCUUGGCGUGUGCACUGGUGAAAAGAGGAGAAUAAUCAUCCCCCCUCACCUGGGAUAUGGAGAAGAAGGAAGAGGGAAGAUUCCAGGAUCUGCAGUGCUGGUCUUUGACAUCCACGUGGUUGACUUCCACAACCCCUCAGACUCAGUCAGCAUUACUGUGAACUAUAAACCUUCCAACUGCACCGUCCUGAGUAAGAAGGGAGAUUACUUGAAGUAUCACUACAAUGCUUCACUCCUGGAUGGUACUUUGCUAGACUCAACACACAGCCUUGGCAAGACCUACAACAUAGUCCUGGGAUCUGGGCAGGUGGUGGUGGGGAUGGACAUGGGCCUGCAAGACAUGUGUGUUGGGGAGCGCCGAACAGUCGUUAUUCCACCUCAUCUUGGGUAUGGAGAAGAUGGAGUUGAAGGAGAAGUGCCUGGUAGUGCUGUGUUGGUUUUCGACAUUGAACUGCUGGAACUGGUGUCUGGCUUGCCGGAAGGGUACAUGUUUGUGUGGAAUGGGGAAGUCUCUCCCAAUCUGUUUGAAGAAAUAGACCAGAAUCAUGAUGGAGAGGUUCUUUUGGAGGAGUUUUCAGAGUACAUUCAAGCUCAAGUCGAUUCGGGCAAAGGAAAACUAGCUCCUGGUUUUGAUUUUGAAAAGAUUGUGAAAAACAUGUUCACCAAUCAAGACCGGGAUGGAAAUGGUAAAGUUACUGCUGAGGAAUUCAAGCUGAAGGACCAGGAGGCCAAAGAGGGACACGAUGAACUGUAAAGAUGCAAAAAGCAGAGUCCUGAGCUGAGCUCCUGUUUGAACGUGCGUACUGGAAGGGGUUUGGGCAGGCAUGUUUCUGAAAGGUCAGCACUCCGACAGCCAGCCUGUGUCUGUCUGUCCUCUGUGCUGGCAGGCUGCUACAUGGGAAGAGGUUUUGCAGUUGGAAUCGUUAGGUCUAUCUGAAGGAAGCGUUCAGUGCCUUAAGACAGGAUGUGUCCACAGAGAGAGUGUACGGCUGGACGUGAGCCACCGGGGCUGGCUUUGUGCUAAAGAUUAGAUGUUCUCACUGAACAACACACAGUCACUCGGGUGGAUGGAUGGGUGGAUG